AUGCUGGACGCCGUGGACCCCGUGGAUUUCCGGGAGCUUCCUGAGGAGGCCAAGCUCUGGCCCAAGUCUGUGCUGGAGCGCUUCCGUCUCACCGGCCAACAGCCCCCCUGGAGCUCCGACCCAGGCACUGAGGCCCUGAUGCUGGAUGAGCCAUCAGAGCUCCAGGUGGAGGCGAACCUGCGGACCGCCGCGCUGUGGCUGAGCCGCUGCGCGGCUCUGGUGGUCGUCGCCGGCGAGGGCAUGGCGGAGGUGCUGGAGCUGGACUCCGGCGCGCGAGGCGGAGCAGCCUGGCCCGGGCUGGCAGAGCUGGGGAGAAGCUUGGACCAGAUGAUGACCACCCGGUGCUUCCGGGAGGAGCCGGAGCUGGCCUGGGACUGCUGGCGCCACUACUUGCGGCGCUUCCGCGACGCGGAGCUGCACGCGGGGUACCGCUCCGCGCUCUUCGGGGAGCCGCCGCUGGGGACCUUCGUCUUGAGCACUGCUUGGGACGGCCUCUGGGCGGCCGCCGGCGCGAAAGUCCACGAAGUCUGCGGCAGUCCGCAGGAGCUUCGCUGCUGCGGGGCGUGGCCGCUUCCCGAGGAUGUCCUGGAGCCCGGAGCGGCGCCGCCUUUGUGCAGGUGUGGCCAGGUGGCUUUGCCUGGCGUGCGGCUCUUGGAUGAGGCGCCCUCCGCCGCCUGCUCCGAGCUCGAGGGCUUCUUGGCGCGGGUCCGCGGCGAGCUCUUAGUCCUGGAGCUGGGCUGCAAGCCUGGGUCGGAGGGCCGGCGCCGCGCAGAGGCGCUGGCAGGCCAUGGUCCGCCAGGCUGCACUACGAGGCUGCUGCGGGUGCAGCGCCGCUUCUGCGCGCUGCCGCAGGCGCUGCGAUCGUCCGGCUGCGGCGUGCCGCUGCGGUGCCGGGAGGCGCUCAAGCGUGUGGAGGCGCUCCUGCCGUUCACGGGUUUGGGCUCGUUCAUCUUCCAGGACAGCAGCGGGAGCGGCGGCGCGGAGGUCCGGGCGCCGAAGGAUGGCCCGCUGGGCUUUGCCUUCAGGAAAGCCCUGGCUGCAGACUCACGGCGGCAAGAAGAUGUGGAUGUGGCACAGCUGAUGUUCAAGGCCAACAGCGUGCUGCGUGAGCACCGGGUGGCGGACGUCGCGCCCGACAACGCCGUGCCCGAGGAGAUGUUCUUCCAAGAGCGAGACGCCACCCCGCCGGUGGUCCGCGUUUUCGUCAUCAACUUCACCUUCCACCAGAAGAAUGAUCUUCUGCAGCAGCGCGUCAGCCGGGUUUGGAGCCUCGUCAAGGACCUGGUGGAGGUCUACAGCACAGAGGAGUACCGCAAGAACUUCGAGGCCACAAGCGCGCAACCAAGCGCCGCGUGA